CGGUGCGCCCAGCAGACCUAGGGCGACUCUCUCUGCCAGAAGCCCAAGCAGCAUGCAUCUCACUCUUCUGUGGGUGCUGCUGCCGCUGGUCAGCGUGGCUUGGGGCCAGUACGGUGGCUAUGGGUACCCGUACCAGCAGUACCAGGACUACGGCGACGAUGGGUGGGUGAAUCUGAACCGGCAGGGCUUCAGCUUCCAGUGUCCCCAUGGGCAGGUGGUGGUGGCGGUGAGAAGCAUCUUCAACAAGAAGGAAGGUUCUGACAGACAGUGGAACUACGACUGCGUGCCCACGCCCCAGAGCCUGGGGGAGCCCACGGAGUGCUGGUGGGAGGAGAUCAACAGGGCUGGCAUGGAAUGGUACCAGACGUGCUCCAGCAAUGGGCUGGUGGCAGGGUUCCAGAGCCGCUACUUCGAGUCCGUGCUGGAUCGGGAGUGGCAAUUUUACUGCUGUCGCUACAGCAAGAGAUGCCCAUAUUCCUGCUGGCUGACCACAGAGUAUCCAGAUCACUACGGCGAGGAAAUGGACAUGGUCUCCUACAGCUAUGAUUACUACAUGCGAGGAGCAACGACCACUUUCUCUGCUGUGGAAAGGGAUCGCCAGUGGAAGUUCAUAAUGUGCCGGAUGACUGACUAUGACUGUGAAUUUGCAAAUGUUUAGAUUUCCCACAUCAAGGUGGAGGGAAGGGGCCAGGAGACCCAAGGCUGUCCUCAUGUUAAUCUCAGUUGGAUCCUAAGUGGUUUCUGCUGUUCUCUCUCCUCCUCCCUGAGCUGGUCAGUAACUGAGAUGCCAGCUUCCUGGGCUUUUCUGAAUGGUAUCACACUUAUAAUAAAACCUACAGUGAAUCCACAUUCCCCGUUCUCAACCCGCUCCAUAGCAACUGUGUUACAUGGCUGACGACGGCUCUCCUGUACGUCACACAUGCAGUGUGCACACUCACAGCCUGAAAACCAGCCGGUCCCUGGCACACCUGUCACAGCCUCGCUACUGCUUUUACUACCAAAUGAACUGCGAGCAGACCUGGUGCUGAGCGGCACCUGUGAAGGGGUUCAGGGGCGCUGAGUGAAGAAGCAGAAACCGAGGGAGGUGGCAGCGAAGGUUCUUUGCAGCUGUGUGUGUUUGAGGGGGACCCGGGGCCCUCGCCAAAGGCAGACCUUCCCCUUGAGGGGACAGACUCCACUCUCCCCUCCACAUUCGCCAGGCUUGUCUGGACGGUCAGGGCUCUGUGUUCCAGGAGUAAGGACACUGGGAAGUGAAAUGGGAGAUGGACAGGUGUGGGGACGGAGCUGAAAGACAGAAUUGGGAGCGUUUCUUGUCGUAGUAGAAGGUUGUCAGCACGCCCAGUCAUGCAAACAAGUCCAGUAACCUCGUGAGAAUCAGUCUCAAGUAAGACAAAAACAGGAAGAGGGAGGUCAGAGAACUCCGGUCAGGAAGGUGGGGAAGGCGCAGGUUGCUUCGGGAAGUGGCAACGGGUCUGAGUAGCUGGCACCUGGAGACACGGCCAGGACUCCUGGGGAGGGAAAGGCUGGCACAUGCCCUGUGGCCAUGGGAGCUACUGGCAGCUCACCUGAAAUGGUCCUGAUGUUCUGGAUGGGAAAGGCUGCCCUGGGGCCCCACUCCCCUCCUGUGUGUAGUUUAGGGGUGUCUUUGGCAGAGGCGGCACUAUCUUUCCUCCUGCUGUGAUGUCUCUGUCCCCAGCCCUUUGUACUCUCUUCACUAUAAAAGGAAUAAAAAUAUUAACACUCAC